AUAAUUCCCAAUGAGAAUCACUUUAUAUUUAUUGUGAAUUCGACAAUAGUUGUGGGCGGGAUUUGGCCCGCGCGCAGUCUGUUGAAAAGCUGCUGUAAAGCACUGCAGUGGCUUUACUUUGAAACUUGUUAGCGGAAGUGCUGGUGAGCUCAGCUGGCUUGGCGGCUAGCCUGCGCACUGAGUCUCCUUGCUGCCGCUGAUAAGAGGGUUUCGUGCAGGGCUUUCUCCUCCAUCACUUCCUUCCUUUGAGCUAUGCGUUGUGAGGCAGGGAGGCGUGAGGAGCCCGGCUCUUCACUCCUUCACGCUGCUCAGGAGCCAUGGUGGAGCGGACACUGAGGAGGAAGCAGCCGGAGCUCAGCGGGUCCACAGCGGCGGCUCAGACCGGAGAAGGGUCCACGUUACCUACUGCACACACACACAACUAUUACUGACGGACUACAAUGGUGACGGCGUCUAAAGUUUACCCCUCGUCUUUAGCUCGUGUCACAGCUGGCCGCUUCAACUUUUCACUAACUGGCAUUCCCUCCAUGUCGAGGGGAGCGCAGCGACGCAGAGUUUGUUCCGCUUUUCUUCUCUUCGGCAGCGUUACGUGUGUCCUGUGAAGCCAUCUGCCUCCGGCGUAAAUCUGGCGCACUGUCCCGCAGUGGCUCACAGAGCGCCUCUUUAAUAUUGCAAAGCCGAGUCACUGGAGGUGAACAUGGGGGCAAAGCAGAGCAGCCCGACUGCUAAUCCAGCUGCUAACGGACGGACCAGAGCCUACUCCGGUUCGGACCUGCCCUCCAGCACGUCCAGCAGCAACGGCAGCAAUGUGAGCAGGACUACCGCCGGGGGGGUCAGGUACCAUGCGUACACUUCGUCCGCAGCCUCCGGAGCCUCGUCCAGCACUAGCCAGCACCUUGGAGCCAGGGCCAGGUCUGUGGGGGGCUCCGGAGGCUCCGGGACCAGACCUCAGUCCGGGAUCAACAUUCCGAACAGCAGCGGAGCCUACAGCUCCCAGGAGUCCGGCGGCAGCAGCCCGGAGGAGGCGGCGGACAGGGAGCGCUCAGGAGGAGGGCACGAAGGUCCCCGGCUGUUGAUCGGAUCGCUACCAGCUCACCUCUCGCCUCACUUGUUCGGAGGCUUCAAGUGCCCAGUUUGCUCCAAGUUUGUGUCCUCAGAUGAGAUGGAUCUGCACCUGGUCUUGUGCUUAACUAAACCCAGAGUGACAUAUAACGAGGACGUCCUGCCCAAGGAUGCAGGAGAAUGUGCAAUCUGCCUGGAGGAGCUGCUACAGGGAGACACCAUUGCUCGCCUGCCCUGCCUCUGCAUCUACCAUAAAGGCUGUAUCGAUGAGUGGUUUGAAGUUAACAGAUCCUGUCCGGAGCAUCCAUCAGAUUAAACCUUUUUUGCACAGGUACUCAACAAUGUGAAGGAUCUACGAAAAGACAUGUGGAUCCAGGGAGACUGCUGGACACUGUGAUCAGUUUAACCCCACCACACCCCACCCAAUAAUGUAGUACCACUGUGUGCCAAAUCUCAUUUAAGCAAUCUUCAGGGAUACAGACUUUUGUGUUUAUGUUUGAGUUGCACAUCCACGCUCAGUCUCAGAGUGGACGGACUGAUGUCCACCUCACAUCUCUCUCCAGCCCUGACAUGCAAAGCCACGUGGGGGCGUAACGGCAGGCUAGGGCUCUUCUUCCUGAGUGACUAUUGGACAGCACAUGUCAGCUGAUUGUACACCAGGACACUGAAGGAGGUGGUGGACAUGGUCCUGGAGGUGGGGGCAGGGUGGAGGGGCGGUGGGAUUAUCCCUCCCCCUUUUACUCUGUCCCUCCCCUCCUCCUUCAGCAUCAGUGUCUACCAGUGCCUUGUUGUUUUGACGCCCGGCAGCAGCAGGGCAGGACAAAGGAGUCCAGACUGUCACCAGAGCCAGCUGGACCAAGUGGACGGACUUGCGGGACCAUCUCACCACAACUGCCAUUCUACCAGUCCAGGAGAAAAAAGCCAGAGACAGGACAGCGGCAGAAAUAUCUGUCUGCAUCAGCAGCUCGGACAUUUUCAGAACUGACGCUGCUGCACAAAAGGUGCCAAUCAACUGUGAAUAUUGUCAAACACACACACACACACACAACAUCAACAGUGCUUUCUAAUCAUAUACCAGGGAGUAGAGGUCUUCAGGUAUUAAAAUCUGCCCCUAAUAUUAAAAGGAUCCUUAAUGUACCAACCUGAACCUGUAGUAGAGUGUUGCAGCCACUACGACAAACAUAUUUUCUCAUGAUCGUAAUAGAAUGUAAACAUUUUCUAGUUUAAACUAGACUUUUUCACAUUGUAACAAGACACUUUUCUUGUUAUAAUAACAUAGUAAUGUAAGGACAUUUCUCACAACUUAUCAUAUCAAAGGGUGAAACUGUUCUUGUUUUAAGUAGUUUUAUUGAUUUUUUGUAAUAACAGAAGAUAUUUGUGACAUGAGAUAAAAUGACAUGUUGUUUUAACAAGAAAAGCUUGUUCCUAAAAAGGAAUAACACAGUGUGUAGUAAUAACAAGAAAUAUAAUUUUAAAACAUGAAGAAAACAUAAUUUUAUAAUGCAAACAGGAUCUCAUACCAAGAUGUUUUCACAUCAACCAGAAUUUUUUUUUUUUCUCUCCAGUGUGAUUUGUGCUACUUCAUGGAACCUCUUUUGUUUGCAUAGUCUGUGAUGUAAUCUUUAGUAAAGGCUGUGAGAAUUGAUUAUAAUAUUUGAUCAUAUGUCAGUUGCAACAAAUAUGAUGGAACUGGUUCACACUUAGAGUAUUUAAAAAAUAGCGUUUUGAAUAUUUCUAUAAUGCAGUAGAGUAUUAAAUACAAGUAUUUCAGCUGAUUCCUCACUCAGUUUGUAGGUCUAGUGCUUAUCACAGUCCGAACUCUUUGAAACAGGUGAGCAGUGCGAGUUACUAUACAUCCAACAAUGUCAUAGAGAUGGAGCACAUAGAGCAGAUUGUGGUAAAAAUAUGUUAAUGAAAAAUGAAAACAAGGUAUACUUUAAAUCCAAAUUUCUCAUGUCAUUUGUUUUAUUUUCAAAUAAUAAUACUAAUAAUUACUUUAAAGUUUUCCAUAUUUCCUCAUUUAAAGGUUCCCUGUGGAGUUUUUGACCUGUAGUAGUGCAGUGCAGCAUUUUUUCCAUGUUUUGUCUCUCUCGUGAAAGUGCACAACGAUGUACAUCUACACACAGACAGUCCUGCCAGUUAUGUCACACCAUUCUGCUGAUCUACCGGUGGCAGUAACAUGCAAACAUAGGCAGCAAUGCACCAGCAAAUGCAGUAAACAUUAAUGUAAACAGUGCUGGCAUUAGAAGAAAAAUAUAUUCAUCUUGUCUCAAUCACAAGGAUUUGCACAGUUUUGAUGAAUGUAUGUAAUUUUUUGCACACACACAGAUAAACUCCACAGAGGGCACUUAAAUGUAAUCCCACAGUUUCCUUGCAGUGUUUGAAUUGUUUAAUUUUGCUUACUACUUACUGUACAUGUUAAAAAGAGUAUUGACCGUGAUAAUCACUGAGCCUCAUUACUGAGGAACAUCUGAAACAUUUCUCCUGUCAUAUUUGUCUGAGAACACACCAGUUGGAAUUGCAGAUUUUGCUGUUUUGAACACACCAGGUGAACUAGAUUGAGUGCACUGAUCCCUGACUACAACAUUUGUACCAACAACAAACUUUUGGUCCCCCAGUGACCAUUUGUUCCUUUGAAUGUCUGGUGAAAAUCAGUUAUGGGAGAAGUAUCUUUGGUUAUCAUCAUGCUGGAAGUCGUUGACUGGCUUGGCUGGUGAUUGGUCAACUAAACGAGAGCCGACUGAUCUCAGGUCCUUGCAGCAUACAGACCCAACACCAAAAAAGUUGGCCAAGGACUGAGGGACAGUGGAAUGAGGGACCUGACACUGAUCCAAUGUUAGUUAAAGCUUUCAUGGGCUCAGGUUUGCCUGAAGACCUCUACUUUGGAGGAGCCAGAGUGUACAGACUUUUAAUCCAGUGAAAAACUUCCACAGAUGAUUUCAUAGACAAGCUCAUCAUCCAGCAGAGAACAUGAACUCGUCGGUGAAAUCACAGAGUGGAUCCCAAAGCUGCAAUGGAAUCAUUUUCUCCACAACCAACUCUUUUUCCAUUACACAGGGCUCAUCCCACCACCUUGAACAGUAUUUCUAUGCUGGAAAAACGAAUGAGCUGCUUCAGUGUAACAUUAACAGCAAUUUUAAAGCUGUCCUGUGGAACACCGGCUUUGUGUGGAGGUUCUUAAUGAGGGCAUGAUGACGUUCUCAUUCAAAAUGUUGGUAAAUGAGCAACACAAUUGCCAGCAAAAGUAUUGACAUUGUACAUUCUGACAAACCACAGAUAUGUUCCAUUUGCACAUCAUCAUGUAGCUGAUACAUUUAAAACUUUGUUUCAACAGCGCUCUUGUUAACCUGUAGCUAGGUUUUGACACACUUAAUUAUGGUUAAGAAAAGAUUAUGUUUUAACCUAAAGCACCUGAUUUUGGGGACACAAUUCUGGCCAGUAAUGCAGCAUUAUCUCUGUGUAAGGCAACCACUUUUUGUGGCACUAUCCCAACUGGAAAAAUAGCAACAUCACUAAAAAACUACCAAAAAGCUGCUGGAAACACAGCAAUGACUCACUAAAUCACAACUGUUUUUUUUUUCAUUUGUUGGUCUCAAACAGUAGUCUGUAGUUUUGCAGGUGCCUCACUUAGGUGACACACUACCCACCAUCCCUUCUCGCCUAGGUGAUUCGCUAUCCAUUCCUUCUCUCUUAGGUGACACACGAUCUGCCAUCCCUUCUCUCCUAGGUGAAAUGCCAACAACCUUCCCUUCUCACCUCAGAGAGAAGGGAAGGUUGUUGUCAUUUACAUCCACUAUCCUCUCUCUUCUAGAUGACAAGCUAUCCACCAUCCCCUCUCACUUAGGUGACACACUAUCCACCACCCCUUUACUCCAAGGUGACACUAUCCACCAUCCCCUCUCACCUUGUUGAAAUGCCAACUACCAUCCCCUCUCUCCUAGGUGACACACUAUCCACCAUCCCCACUCACCUAGGUGACUCGCUAUCCACUAACGCCUCUCUCCUAGUUGACACUCUAUCCACCAACCCUUCUCUCCGAGAUGACAUGCCCACCUCCAUCCACUCUCUUGGUGACUUGCUAUCGACCAUCACCUCUCACCUGAUUGACACGCCAACCGCCACUCCCUCAAGGUGACUCACUUUCCACUAUCCCCUCUCUCCUAGGUGACAUGCCAUACACUAGUGACAAAGUCAGCUCAUAUACUAUGUCACUUUAGAAAUGUUGAUCUGAUACAUUUGAAAAGUGCAAAUGUAAUGUAUUUGUGGUAAGCAGAAAUGUACAUUGCCAACAUGUUUUUUGUGGCAACUUAGCUGAAAUUAGAAAUGAAGUGUCCCAUAUAGACUCCAGUUUUUCCUACCCUUUUUUAUCGCCAUUCCAUUCCUCUUUAUCUCAUUAGGUUACCUCUAGGUAGAUGCACAUGGUAGUGGAGGAAAGGUAAGGAAAAAUAAAGCUGGAUUUUAUCCGAAAAAGAAAAUCCAUCACCUUUUGGAAUGCUCCUCUACACAUGCCAUAAUAGAAAUUUCAUGAGCCACGUAAUGAAUAUUUGAGAUAAAGAAUAUGGUAUAUAUUGGUGGUAUCCACCCAUCCAAUUAGAUGUGUGCAUUUUUUUUCUCUUUCUCCAACCAGUAAAAAUUAAGUGCAGUUGAUUUUUCAGGUCAGUGCCCGUUGAGAGUUAGAUGCUGAAUCCCAAAUCCACUUCUUUCUCCACUUCCUCACAACCACCUCUUUCCUAUCAAACACGGACUUGGGCUGGGUUCAGUAUACGACUUACUCUGCACCUUAGACAUAAAAUCAAACUCAAUGCUACAUGUAGAACAUUACUAGUAAACAAUAACAUUGAAAGCUAUCAGAAAAUUAUUAAUUUGCCUAGAAAUCCUCAAACAUAUCCACUACAAUAUUAAAUGGACACAAGUUAUUGUAAAGAACCAAUAAUUCUAUCUGGAACCACUGGAGGAAGAAGUGAGUGAACAUUGGAGUUUUGGGAUCCACCGUAACACAGUCAUGACUAACUGUGUGAUACUGUGUCUGUAAACCUGAUGGCCACACAGAGAUUAGCUGAGUCCUGUAAUACCCUGUCCCAGCACACAGCGGCGCUACAGAGUCGUGUAGUCGUUCUCUGCAGUGUGCGGAGGCGUGAGCAGUGAGGACUCUCCUCAUCAUCUCUGUUUGUAGCAAUAGUCUGAACAUUUUGCUGACAGAUCUCACAGGGCUUAUACUCGACCUUCACCCUCAUUUUAAUGUGCAGUCUAAUUUUUUAAAAAUCAUUUUCACAACUGAUUCCACAAAGGAUUUGACACUGACUAGUAAUCUGUCUUUUCUGUCUGUGAAUUUUAGAGGAAAAGUGCAAACAAAUCUGGCCUUAAUAGAUAAUGAUAAUGACAUUCAAUCACCUGUUCUUGUGGUUCUUGAUUGUUUUGUUGUUGUUCUUUGAUUAGCCGCGGGCAAUAACACAAUGGGCUCUAUUUUUUUGCCAGGCGCAAAGCGGCGCACAGCGGAGCACAAGUGUCAUUGCUAGUGUCAGACCGGCGCAGUUGUCAUUUUCACGCCCGGCGCCCACAUCGUUUAAAAA